AUGCGGAACAGUCUUUAUACUGACAACACAUGCUUUCCAAAGGCUUCAUAUUUCAACGCCGGUCCCACUUUUUUCAAUGACCCCGAGGCAGUUCCUUUACAAUACAACGCAUCCAAAACUAGUGAUUCCAGGACAGAGUCGACAAAUACGCAUGAGGAGUCGGCCAAUUCUCUGACAAAUAAGCGGCCAGCUAAAGAGCUUACUAGUCUAAUUGCCAUGACGGCCUUGGCGUAUCUUGCUCUUGAUAAUUACCAAGGCAGAGUCAGGGCUGAAAAGCUCAACCAAGAGACUACCGCCAUAAACUUGAAAACUUUGCAGAUCCAACUGCAAAACUACAUCAAAGCACGUCAACAGCAGGAUCUUAGAAUGCUUAAAGAAAGAGUCGAAGUUUCAAAGCGAUGUUUCAAAAUGUCCAUGCACAUUGCGCUUUUGAGGAAGCAGCUCAUGGAACUCGGAGCAGACCCCAAGGAUAUCCCAGAUGUGACUAAGGAAUUUGACAAACACGCAAAAGUCAGCAACUCGGUCCAGAACCUUACGGGAAACGCCAUAUGGCUCACUGACGAGUCCGAAUACAAGGGCCUAAUGCCCGAUUACAGAGAAUAUGAUCGCAAGAGUUGA